CUGUCAAACUAUAGUGAUAUAGUCUGUUCUUAUUAAUUUUUCUUAUCAAUCUUCCUAGUUUAAUUAUCCUCUUCUAUCUCAAGAAAAAGAUAAAGAAAAUAAUACAAAUGUGUAUCAAGAGUUAUCACAAAUAGACUGAACAUCAAACUAGUUAUUAUAGUUAUAAGUUUUUUUUGACGUUCGAUGUAAAUUUAAGAAUGUCAUAGUUAUUUGAUUUUAUCUGCAUAAUACGUAACAAUUAUUAAGUAAUAAUUAUAAAAGUAAUACUCAAUAGUGUAAAAAUUAGUUAAAAAAAAAGACUUCCAUCUAUUCUUUAAUUGUAACAGCAGUCAACACGCUAAACGAGGUUAUGUUCAUUUUGCUUAAUGUUAAAUUGUUUCAUUAAGUGAAUAAAACUUUAUUCAUUGGCGAGUGGAGAUAAUUUUUCGUCAAUUUUUUUUUUUUUUAUUAAUAAAUAAAAUGUCAAGAAAAAGUGGUUACGGUCCCGUUCCUGAUCGUUGGUUACAUUGUCCACGAAAAUCACUUGUAAUAAUACAAAAUAAAUUUUGUGCUUUCAAAACACCACUAUGCUCUGGAUUUGAUAGUCAAGUACCAGAAGAAUGUCGUUUCUCAGUGAAAAUGCUCUUUGAUUCAAUGAAAAGUCAAAAAAUUAAAAUGGGCCUUUGGAUUGAUUUGACAAAUACAAAGAGAUUUUACGAUAGAACCGAAGUUGAGGAAACUGGCUGUCGAUAUUUAAAAAUUCCCUGUAAAGGUCGUGGUGAAACACCAAAUGAGCCAACGACAAGAGCUUUUGUUGAAAUUUGUAGAAAAUUCAUUCAAACAAAUCCACUUGAAAUGAUUGGUAUUCAUUGUACACAUGGAUUUAAUCGUACUGGUUUUCUUAUAAUAAGUUAUUUAGUUGAAGAAUUUGGAAUGAGUGUUGAUGCUGCUUUAGCUGAAUUUGCCACGGCAAGACCGCCAGGUAUUUAUAAAUUUGAUUAUAUUCAAGAAUUAUAUAGAAAAUAUGAUGAUAUUGAGGAUUGUCCAUCGGCACCACCAAAACCCUCGUGGUGUUUGGAGAAUAAUAUUGAAAAUGACGAUGAUGAAAUUGGUGAAGCAAGUCAAUCAAAUUAUGAGGCAAAUGUACCACCUAUUGAAAGAAAACGAAAACGAGAACAUUUCAAUAAAAAUCCCGUUUUUAUGGACGGUGUUCCUGGUGUGAUGCCACUUACAAAUUUUCAAAUUGUCAGUGGAAUACAAAGACAUAUUCAGGAUAUUUGCGGCUGGACCGACGGUGGUUUUCCAGGAUGUCAACCAGUUUCAAUGGAUGUUGAUAAUAUUUCAAUGCUAAACAGAAAACCUUAUCGAAUGUCUUGGAAGGCUGAUGGAACUAGAUAUUUGAUGUUAAUUCAAGGUGAUGGUCAAGUUUACUUCGCUGAUCGAAAUUUUAGUAUUUUCGAGGUUAGUGGAUUGCGUUUCCCUCAUGCGAGGGACCCGAAAAGAAUACUUCGAGAUACAUUACUCGAUGGUGAGAUGGUGAUAGACGUGGAUAAAUCGGAUGGCAGAAAAUAUCCACGCUAUUUAGCCUAUGAUGUAAUUAUGUACGAUGGAAAAGACGUGAGCAAAGAGCCAUUUGAACCUGUACGUUAUAAUAUUAUUGAGAGAGACAUAAUAGCCGGGCGUAUUCGUGCUUUUAAAGAAGGACGAAUGAAUAAGGAUCGUGAGCCAUUUUCAGUGCGUCGAAAGAAUUUCUAUGAAUUAAAUUGGACAGCCAAUAUUCUUGGUGAAAAAUUUGCCAAACAAUUGACACAUGAACCUGAUGGUCUUAUAUUUCAACCCGCCAAGGAACCCUAUAUAACUGGACCAUGUCCCGAAGUUUUAAAAUGGAAACCACUUUCAAUGAAUUCAGUUGAUUUCAAAUUGAAAAUUACCAAGGAAGAAGGAUUGGGCAUUCUGCCAAGGACUAUUGGACUACUUUAUGUCGGUGGACAUAGUGUUGAAUUUGCACGAAUGAAAGUAAAUAAACAUAUGAAAGAAUUGAACAAUAAAAUAAUUGAGUGUAAAUUUGAAAAUAAUGAAUGGGUUUUUAUGCGCGAAAGAACUGACAAAUCGUUUCCAAAUUCAUAUAAAACAGCAAUGGCAGUAUGUCAAUCGAUUAUUCAUCCAGUGACGAAAGAAAAAUUGUUAGACUUCAUUCAAAAAUAUCAAUAUCAAGAUGAUACUGAUUUAAUGCCACCACCAAAUAGAACUAGGUGACAAUGAUAAAUUGACAACAAUGAUUGAUUUUUAAUUUACAAUUAAAUGGACGCAUAAUUGUUUGAAAAAUCAUGUAUUGUAAUUAAAAAAAAAAAAUAAAAAUACUUUGUUUGAUAUUAAGUUACAUAUUUAUAGAAAUUUGUAUGGCAGUGCAUUAUCGAAUUGUGCAUUAAUAAACUCAAGUUUUGUUUAGUUA